CAUGACGUCUACUGCCAGCACACCCUCGCCUCAAUACGAGUCCCAGCUCGCUGAGCAAACAGGAAGCUACCCAUUCAAAUGGACAGGCGCCAUGUACUUUGUCGCGAUCUUCUCCUCCCUGCUGGGGGUCAUCUUUCUGAUCUGGUUGUCAUAUGCCCUGUAUAGAUGGUGGCAGGCUAGACGGUCGCACAAAUCUACCGCUGAGGAGGUGGUGAUGUCAAGCCAGGACAAGCAGGAUAGUGCCACGGAGCAGAGCGACGGUGGCUCCAGCUGGCUCAUCAUGCGCGAGAAAGAGAGGGUGAAGGUCAAACGGUCAACGAAGCUGCUGGAAGCCCUCAGGAGCAAGAAGAUCAGUCCUCCGCGUGCCGAGGACAAUGGGGGUAUCACCACUGGUGGUAGGAGAGGGAGCAGCGGAACCGCAUCCUCUAGCGGCACAAGAUGGGUUCAGCGAGACGUAGAGAAGGGAUGGCAAUAGUGGCUGUGAAAGUGGUAUACCGUUGGGUCGUAUAGUUGUGCUUGUUCCCAGACAGACCCUCUUCUAUAGUCUAUUUCUGAUUUG